AUGAAAAAGAAAAAGAACAAGUCCUCUUGUUACUCCACGUUUGAGUAUAGCGACGUUUACCCCGAGGAAUCCAACCCUCCACCACCAGAGGCACACGAUAGGGAGGAUCAAGAGACCAUUCUCGGGCUCAUUGCGAGCUUGCAUCUCAAUUCGGAUUACAGCGAUUUGACCAUUAUUUGCAAGGAUAAGAUUCUCUCGGCCCAUAAGCUUGUUGAAACCGAACAUCCGAUUCGCCUAACCGAGAAAGACCCAAUCCUCAUUGAGAAAAUGCUGGAAUUCCUAUAUACAGGAAAUUACACCGCUCCAUCCCCUACGAAAACCUCAGAAACCACACAGGCUGAUGGUGGAGACGUACCCGUGAUGGAUAGGUGGCCCGCAGAAGAGCCGUCGUGGGAGCACCAACCAGAAAAUGAUGUCACUGAUGAAGUUGAGGCGCAUUUAGAUGAGCACUUCACUGAAACAGUUACGAGAACCCUGGAGAACACACCAGAGACCCUUGUACCUGGGCUACAGAUGAAUGAGAACCCAGCUUCAAUUGACGAAUUUCACCCAGAAUACGCAAGCAAGGAAGGGGAUAAAGGGGGCCUUGCAGAGCCAAUCGUGGAUUCAUUAGCCGACUGUCAUCCAUGUUACUUCCACGUGCGCAUGUAUGGCGAAGCGGACUACUUCAUGAUCGACGACCUAAAAAGCAAAGCAGCAGUGCAUUUCUGCGCGUCAUUCAUGAGUUCUCCCGAAAGAGAGUCCUUUGCAGACACCGUCGAGGAACUGUAUUCGACACGAGCCAAUUACCAGGAGCUGAGGCAACUGGCGAUCGAAAUGCUAGUUGCUAAUCUGCCGAAUCUCCGAAACGGACCCACGCCGGUAAUUACUUCAGAACUGAUGAAGUCGAUUCCCAAUUUCACAUACGAUUUAUUUCAAGCCACUCUAGAUAAGUACUAG